CGGAAGUAAGGGAACGUUAAGGGAGCUGGAGAACUAGUGAUCAGUUGUGAAUCAUGGCCCGUUUGGAGGUGACCACAGCUCUCCUGGCCUGUCUGGUCUUUACACAGGUCACUCUGAUAAGGACAGAACGCUUGGGCCUAGGCCUGAACAAUUUGGGCGCGCUAAACUCUGUGGAAGCGAGAAUGAUCAACACUAUCCCUACCCAUGCAUUUCCGUCUUUUGUGGGGUCUUCGAGGAAAAUCAGCGUCAUCUACUUCUACAAGAGAGGCGUGCGCCAUCUUGGGACCGCCCUUAGACAUUUUGACGAGGCCAAAAGGGAAAAGAAGUUAAAGAAGACCGCUCAGUUUGCAAAGGUGAAUUGUACCAAAGAUCCUGCUAUUCCUCACUGUAGCGUCGAGAAGUCGCAUCACUUUGUUUACAUUGUCAGUCAAGGUUUGGUGAAGGAUGCGGUACCGAUCAGGGAGAUCACCGAAGCAGACGUUAUAAUUUACAGGAUUUUUCAGAUUCUAUUGGACAAAUCUUUGAAGAAGAUCAAGACGGCGAAAAAGCUUGUAGCCCUACAGAAGAGCGUUACUGGACACCAGGACAUCAUUGUCAGCUAUCAGAUGGAGGGGAAGCCAUUCGAGCGCAGAUUGUUUCUGGAAUUUGCCAUGGAUCAUCAGAAACAAUUCAUGUUCGUCGUGACAACGAAAGAAAAAAUCCCACGAAUUCUUAGCGGUGGCAAACUUCCGAGCAUACCGACAACCUGGUAUCUACACUGCGUGGAGGAAAAAGAAGGCAGCGAAACGUGUCGGAGUACAGCCUAUCGCGGUCUCCUGCGGUCAGAUGGCCUCCUAAACUUUAUACAGGCAGUCAAACUCCCUAACGUGAUGACAUUUUCGGACCAAGACCUGACAACUUGCAGGACCCUGGGUCUACAUGUUAUUUACGUCUUCACCAACACGGAAAUGACGUCUGAAGCCACGGAAGUGGCUACACGUUUAGGACAGGCUUUCCGGGGUGCUGCCGGCAUCAUGGUCACAAACCUUGACAGGAUCUCGAAGUCGAGAUUACAAGCAGUCGGUGUGAACAUGACGAGGGAAGUUGAGUUACCAGCAGUAGCCAUCCAAGCAAAUGGACAUGGGAAUCUGCACUUCGUGGGCGGGUUUGUUGCUGGCAGUCUGCUGGAGCGUCUACAAACGUACGUGACGUACUACGAGGCCUUACAGGUUCAUAAAGAACAUCAAACGAAGAAGCGGAAAACAGAUAAAGAUGGCCAAGGAGACAUUGUAGCCAUUGUUGUAAACAAGGAUAUGGUGAACACCAUUAACAUGAAGCACAUCUCCACCCUAACGGACAAAACGUUUUCAAGAGUUGUGGAAGAGGAGCGUUUAGUAGUGAUCGUGUUCCACUUGAAAUGGGAUGUACGGUCAAAGGCCUUUAUGCAUAGUUACUCGGAGGCGUCCAUGGAGCUGACAGCCGAUGCUCGGUGCAAUGUAACUCUGGCACAAGUUCUUUGUGACGACUGGACCGACGUCUGCAGACUGAACAGCAUCGCGGCCUACCCGACGGUCAGAGUCUUCACUGAAGGGACAUUUCUGAAGGAUUACAAAGGGAUGUUGGACACUACUGAGUUCGUGAACUUUGUGAAGUUACUCCAAAUGGAAGCACCAAUAGAGAUCAAGUCUGUAGAUGAUGCGGCAGCUUUCAUCGCAGGGACGUCACCCGACCUGCUCAAAGAUUCCGCUCAUACGGCUGUAGUGGGGGGCUUCAAAUCACGGGAUCAGGAAGAGUUUAAGAUAUUUAAGCAGGCUGCACGUGACCUUCAUGGAUACUUUGUCCUUGGCGCUGUGACAGAUGAGAAACUGGCUGCAGAAGUUUGCUCCCAGUUUGACGCCGAGGUACCCUGUGCCGUGGUCGUGAAGAGAAAUGAUGACCAUCAACAACACAAGGUCUUUCAAGAAGACGCUGUGGACACGGAAGCUCUUAUCAACUUUAUUCAAGUCGCAAGUCUUCCAGUUUUUGCAAAGUUGACGGUACGAAGCUUCCCUGCCCUGUCCCGGAUGAAUAAGCCGUUCGUGAUUUUAUUCGGCGGCUCUGACAGUGAUCUGGGAGCGAUGGGGAAAAUUGCAGCUUCAGAGCAAAUCAACGCAGUCUUCUCGUGGAUGGACUUAAAUGACCCGGACAAGUUAGCAGUGGAGCUUCUCGAUGUUUACGCAGCAAGUACGGAUAUCCCUGCUCUAGUAAUGGUGGACCAUGCGACGGGAAGCAUCUGUCACUACCCGCACAGUGGUAAUUUUGAUUUGGAAGAGAUAAAGGCUUGGGUUGAAGAAUGCAAAGACGACAAUGUCGUGAAGACUGGUAAAUUGCUGGAAGAGAAGUGGAAGCCGGUGUUUCCUGCCAAAGGUUUUCUCCACCGCCUCGAUGCCAUAGGAGACAGCGCCAAACAGCUACAGCAGCCACGGUCCCCUUCUGAUGAAGACGAAGAAGAUGAAGGAAAGGCUCUUGCUUAUCGAACACAAAUGGUUGUACAGAAUGAAGAAAAACAGAAAAAGGAGGAAAAAGAGAAAGCCUUUGAUGAAAAACAGAAAAUGGGUAGGGAUAAACAUAUUAGAGAGGAGAAGAAACAAAUGCAUAAUGAGGGAAAACAGAGAGAGGAUGCGGAGAAAGAGAGAAAGAGCAAAGAAAAACAGAAAAGUAAAAGUGAGGCCGAGGAGAUGCCACGAGAUGAACUGUGACAUCUAUAUAGUAUUGUGUUAACUUAUAUUACUCCUAGUUUAAUGGGUAUUUGAUGACCAAGCUCAAGAAAAAUUUGAAAAGAAAGUAAAACCCUUUUGAGGCCAGACCUAUCUAGUAGUAGUAGUUACCUAUAUGCAAUGAUGACACUAUGCGAGAGAAAGGAGUUUUCAUUUAACACGUUUUCAGACUGUUUUGCAAGACAUUAAUAGCACUGUCAUUGGUAUGAUCUUCCAAUUUUUGCGCGGGCUUGUUGAGACAAAGAUUCUAGUUAGCGUGCCUGCCAAAUGAGAUAACUCGAAAAUUAGUCGCAAUAAGUUGAGAUAGUAACAGGUUUCUUUACAUGUGUAUUCCAAUAUGUUGUUGUUAAGGUAAAUACAGGUAGCCUGGUUACCAGACCUAUUAUAGCUCCCGAGUCCUACAUCCUCUUCUACUUGCGGAGAGAAUGUAGGACACGGGAGCUACAAUAGGUAUGGUAACCAGGCUAAAAUACAGGUGCUUGAUAAAAGGCAUGGUGCUAAAAUAAUGGUUUUGUCAUUUACUUAUCUAUAUGGCGUUAUCUAUAAAUCCGCUAUAUCUUGUGAUGUCCCAGGAAAGUACACAACAACAGCCAGUCAAUAUAAACAACAGUAGAACGUUCCGUAGCAUUCUGUAGCAGAAUUCAUCUGUUAUUCACAACACAGACGUGGGACUUUGACAUUGUUGCGUGCAGCACGAUAAAUCAUCCCACAUUAACAACACUCCUCCCACAAAGCUUUCAGCGGUUGCUUAGCUAUAGCCAAAACACAGCGCUCGGUGACCAUAUUACUGUGUGAGAUGAAUGCAUUACAGUAUACGUAGAAACAGCCUGUCGAAGAUGUCUGGGGAGUUUGACCAAAGAACAUGACCCGUGUUAAGAAGUGGGUUUUGUCUGGGCUGUGAUCGAUCCACAGUCGUGAACCUGCCUGUCAGAUCUUCAUGCCGUGAAUGUGCCUGGACUAUACAGUAUGUUAUAAGCAAAGGUUAGGUAAGCUUGUUCUAGACUUCUAACACCAAGUUUAAGACAUGGCAUGAAGAGGACUUAAUG